AUGAAUGCAGUAAUGCACCACUUUCUUCGUCUUAUAUAUUCACCUUUCUUUUCAGAUACCCUCAUCAUUACAUACAGUAACCCCCGUUUAGAUGACUUUUCUGAUCUCCUCCGUCUCCAUUCCCGAUUUCCUAUAAAUGCUGCCACGCCAAUCCAUUCUUCAAACCCCACUUCCCAAAUGGCUACCACCACUUUCAGUUUUGUCACCAUUCUCGUAUGUUUUAUUAGUCUAUCACCAUUUUCCCUCUUGGAAGCAACAGCCAACCAUGCUCCUGGCUUCACUCUGAGUCUUAUUCAUCGAGAUUCUCCUCUUUCCCCACUUUACAACCCAAACCAUACAGAUUUUGAUCGUUUGCGCAAUGCUUUUUAUCGUUCCGUAUCACGUAUCAAUAAUGUCUUCAAGCCUAAGGCAAUUGAUAUAAGUGCAUUCCAAAACGACUUGACACCAAACGGGGGGAAUACUUCAUGA